AUGAGGCAACUUAUGAGACGUAUUAAGGAGUAUAAACACCUAGAAGAUGAUCGGCUGCAGAAUAAGGGGAAAGCACCGUUACUCUGGAGAUCUCGGCAGGGCAUUAUGUCGGCAAGACUAAAAAAAGAUUUCAGGAUGCAGGAACCAGAGGUGCAAAUUGAAGGAGUUAAUAUGGCGUUCAAAGAGCCUGUGCACAAAAUCCUAGAUCGGAUUAAGAAUGAAUCGUUCUUCAGGGACAAAGGGCACACCACCGAGCAGUGUCGGGUACUAAAAGAUCAUCUCGGGCAGCUAGUAAAAGCAGGGUAUCUGAAAGAGUUUGUAAUGGACUCCGCUGACCGGGAGGCCGGCCAGGGUGCUCAGCAGAAAAGGAAUCCCCUUCCACCACCGCUGGGAGUGAUCGAAGUCAUCCACGCUGCCCCGAGAGGUACGACAACAGCUAAAGGGGUAAUGACAGUGGCUUGCUUGGAAGGAGAACCACCCAAGAAGAGGAUGAAAGUUGGUCGGCUAACCAUUUCUUUCAGCGAAGAAGACUUGGAAGGGACGAUCCAACCUUAUGAUGAUGCAUUGGCUGUGGAUUCAUGCAAUGAAGGCCGUUCCGUCACCCUGCACGUGAAAGUGAAAUUUCCCACUGAGUAUGGAGUUGCCGUGGUGCGAGGGAACCAACGAGUGGCUAGGCAGUGUUUUGUCGCCGCGGUUAGGUGGAAAAGUGAACAGCUCGAACAAGCAGAGGAGACUGAAAAAGAAACUUUAUAG